AUGGCGAACUGGGCAAAUACAAACACUGUGCCUAAAUUAUAUAGAUCUGUGAUUGAAGAUGUUAUUAAUGAUGUGAGAGAUAUCUUUUUGGAUGAUGGAGUGGAUGAACAAGUCCUCAUGGAACUAAAAACUUUAUGGGAGAAUAAGCUAAUGCAGUCUAGGGCAGUAGAUGGACUUCAUUCAGAAGAGCAGCAGCUUUUAUUGCAAGUUCAGCAGCAGCAUCAACCCUAGCAGCAGCAGCAUCACGAUCACCACCACCAUCAGCAAGCUCAACCACAACAGACUGUACUGCAGCAAGCUCAGACCCAGCAGCUCCUUAUUCCUGCAUCCCAGCAAGCUACAGCACCACAAGUUAUUGUUCCUGAUUCUAAGUUGAUACAACAUAUGAAUGCAUCAAACAUGAGUGCUGCUGCCAUAGCUGCUACCUUGGCACUCCCUGCAGGUGUGACUCCCGUUCAACAGAUAUUAACAAAUUCAGGCCAGCUUCUUCAGGUGCUCAGAGCAGCCAAUGGUGCCCAGUAUAUCUUUCAACCUCAGCAGUCAGUGGUUCUACAACAGCAGGUUAUACCACAAAUGCAGCCUGAUGGAGUUCAAGCUCCUGUUAUCCAACAGGUACUGGCCCCUCUUCCUGGAGUGAUUACACCACAAGCAGGUGUCAUCAUCCAGCCUCAGCAAAUCUUAUUUACAGGAAAUAAGACUCAAGUUAUACCUACAACCAUGGCGGCACCUACAGCAGCACAAGCACAGAUAACCGCAACUGGUCGACAGCAGUCACAGGCCCAGCCUGCUCAAUCACAAGCUCCGUUAGUGUUACAAGUUGAUGGAAGUGGGGAUACAUCAUCUGAAGAAGAUGAAGACAAAGAAGAAGAUUAUGAUGAUGAUGAAGAGGAAGACAAAGAGAAAGGUGGAGCUGAAGAUGGGCAGGUGGAGGAAGAGCCCCUCAAUAGUGAAGAUGAUGUGAGUGAUGGGGAAGGGCAGGAACUCUUUGACACAGAAAAUGUUGUUGUCUGCCAAUAUGAUAAGAUACACAGAAGUAAAAACAAAUGGAAAUUUCAUCUCAAGGAUGGCAUUGUGAAUCUUAAUGGAAGAGAUUAUGUGUUUUCCAAAGCCAUUGGAGAUGCAGAAUGGUGA